AUGACCCUGUCACAUAAUUCAAUCUCAGUACUAAUUUUAAUCAUUACAUUAUUUACUAUUACCAUCAAUGGACAAUUACAAAUCUUAAGGCGUCAAAGGGAUGCUAAACUUCCAGGUGGUGCUUCACCUACAAGUACGGCUGGUUCACCUUUAGCUAGAUCUCAAGCUGAGUUGGCUAGAACAAGAGGUGUGGUUGGACCUCAAGCUACUGAUGGGAGUGUGAUUGUAAUUAUGACGGCCGAAAUUGACAAUUUUGCUUUACAAUUUAAGAUCUCAGCUCCACCAAGUGAAUUAUUACCAACUGCUCAAAAUGGAGCAACUAUCAAACCUAGAAAUGGCGGUGCUGGGGUCACACCCGGUGUAAAUGGUAUAAAUGUUCUAUUACAUGGUGAUGGAGGUGAAACUUUUUUCGAUUUUGCGAAUCAAGAAUUUCAAAAUGGACUUAUGGGAGUCGUCAUUAUGGCGCCUAAUGAUAAAAGGUUUUGGGGUGGAGGAUCAGGAAAUCUCAGAACUGAUGGAGCAUUACACGCAAGCUUAGUAAAUACGCUCAUCAGACAGGUCCUGCCAGAAGUCCUUAAGUUUGAUCAAACCAAGGUCUAUUUUACCGGUGUUAGCGGUGGAAGUCUCUUACUAGCAGGGUUUUUCUUACCUAUGUACGCCGAGACUUACAAUACAGGGGCUCUGCUCGGAUGUGGAGCUUUACCACCUCAAGUUAACCCAUCACAAAACUUUGGUAGAACACUCACUACAAUGCGAAUUCAUUUCCAGGCAACACAAAACGAACUUCCAUUCUUGCAACCAGCUAUUGCUGGAGCUGUGGUCACUUAUGCUGAUACAGCUCUUAAGGCUGGUGGUAAUUCUGCUGAGGUGGGAAGAAAGAUGACAGUAGAUGCAACUCCUAAUGGAGCUCAUUGUGCAUUUGAUGGUAAAGAUUUCGUUUCAGGUGUUCAACUUGUUUCCUCUAAUUAUGCAAGAAUCAUGUUUGGAACAGGUGAUGUACCAGGGAUUGGGAAUGUUGCUACCAGCGUUUAUGAAAAUAAUCAAACUUAUAAAUCAGGUACUCCGGUGGCGAGGGCAACUCAAGGAACUUUACUUGGUAAAGCUACUAAACCCUAA